AUGAUAAUCGUAGUAUGGUAAAACUAUAAUGAUAACCGUGAAUCUAGUUUAAAGUAUCUUUAAUCUUACUAAUAUAUUAACCAUGUAAUUUAAUAAUGUUACCUUCUGUAAAACUCUAAUGCUAAUCCUAAAAUUUAGCAUAGUGAAUUCGAGUGAUACUGAAAGAUAUUAGGUAAUCUCAUAAUAGCACUUUUUUUUCUUUCUACAUCUUGUAUUUUAAUAUAAUAUGAAGCAACGGUAAACUAUGUAAGGCCCUGUAAUGAAAGCCAUGUAAGGUGAGCAUUAAAUUAAUCCCCAAAAACUUGAAUAUUUAUCCAGGAAGUUAACAUAGUAAUUACUGUGAGGCAAUGAAUUCAAUAAGAUUAUGAUCUAAUAAUGAUAACUUAUUUUUUCCACACCUUGUACUAUUUCAUAACCCAAUGAACAACGGUAAAUUAUGUAAGGCAACCCUAUAAUGAACACCAUCUAAGGUCCAUAUUAAAUUAAUCAUAUUGCACCGUAAGACUCGAAUAUUUAUCUGGAAAGUUAAAGCAGUAAUUGCAGUGAGAUAUUGAAUUCUUUAAGAUAAUGAUUUAAUAAUGAUAACUAAACCACCUUGCACUAUAGCAUAACCUUAUGAAACAAUGGUAACUAAGAAAGGCAAUCCUGUAAUGAACGCCAUGUAUGACACAUAAAAAAUUAAUCAUGUUGCACCGUAAGACUCGAAUAUUCCUCCAGAAAGUUAAUUUAGUAAUUACAGUGACAAUUUGAACUCUAUAAGAUAAUGAUCUAGUAAUGAUAGCUAAUUUUUUCAACAUCUUGUACUAUAGCAUAACCCUAUGCAACAAUGGUAACUACGCAAAGGCAACCUUGAAAAGUAAAAAUAACUAUUAACUUAUGGGUGAAUAAGAAAUGUGUUUGCUUUGUGUUCGUCUAUAGACGAUCAUCUACCGAAGAAUAAUGAUGUAAAAUAAUCUUCCUUUGGAUGCCACUUCUAUUUAGGUUUCUGAUGACAUGAGACUCAUGAGGCUUCCUCUGUCUCACUCGGUGCACUGCCAUUUAAUGUUGGCGUGGACGUAUAAAAGAGCUCCUAUGGAUGUUUAUGGCACGAGACUCAUGAGGAUACUCUGUCUCACCUGGUGCGCCGAGAUACAUUCCGUUGACAUGGACGUAAAAGUAACUAUAUAUUCUCCAAGCAGCAGGUUAGAAAAUAAGAAAGAAAGGCUCAGUUACUCAAGUGGCAGCAACACAUCGAAAUAUUUAAAAAGCUGACGAUUUCUUGCCCAGGAGGUGUAUGGACAAAAAACAUUAAGAUAAUUCAUAUCUAGUACUUAAAAAUCUUUUUCCCACCAGAAAUAAUUCACAUCUGAAAAAAAUGGAGACUUAUUUUGAAGAGCUUUUCAAUGGAACUACGAAUAAGUCGAUGACAAAUUUUGAUGCUUUGGGGAAUUCUAGCCAUUACAAUAACACUAUUCCGGAGCCUUCUUGGAAAGAUGACAUCAAGCCAGUGGUAGAUUACCUUAUGUUGAUCAUCCUUAUAGUCGUUAUGCUGGCUAUGGGAUGCGAAGUCACGUGGAUGAACAUUUGGGUACACAUUAAGAGACCAAUCGGCCUAAUAAUUGGUUUAGUUAGCCAGUUUAUCUUAAAGCCAUUGUUUGCUUAUCUUAUUUUACUGGCUUCCGGCAUCAGUGGACUACAUGCUACUGGCGUGCUUAUUAUUGCCUGUUGCCCUGGGGGAGUCCUUUCUAACACUUUCACUUAUUUUUGUGAUGGAGACUUAGGACUUAGCAUUGCCAUGACUACUGCUUCAACUGUAAUUGCCAUGGGAUUGAUGCCUGGGAAUCUUCUUCUCUAUGGACGAAGUUUUGAAUCAGAAGAGGUCGUGAUUCCAUAUAAGGAAAUGGCACUAUCUCUUGUAAGUGUUACCUCUCCAGUGAUAGUGGGAAUGAUUAUAAAAUGGAAACUUCCAUCGGUUGCUAAGAAAGUUGCAAAGGUUGGAAGCUUGUGCGGUUUACUGAUAAUGUUCAUCUGUAUUGCAAUUGAACUAGUUCUCUUCCCAAACAUGUUUGAUAAUGUACCACUUGAAUUGUAUUUCUUAUCGAUAAUUUUACCCAUUUUGGGACUGGCCAUGGGUUAUUUUCUUUCUUAUCUUGGAAAACAAGUUAUUCCAAUUCGGAAGACUGUCGCCAUAGAAUGCGGAGUACAGAAUGUGCCAGUAGCUUUGACAAUCAUUGCCAUGUCUUUUCCACUGGAAAUGCAAGAAGAAAUUGUUCUUCUUCCUUGGCUAUACGGUUUUUUCAUGAUUACUGGUUGUUCCGCUAUGUGUCUCUGUUAUCGUUUGUUCAAAAGGAGACAACAAAGGCAAGAGAAAGAACUGAAAAAAGCAAAGUCUAUUGCAUUAAAGGAAAAUGGACAUCUUGAAGAGAAGGAAGAUUUGAUGGAGGCGAAUGGUGUCAAAAUUGAAGUGAAAUCCAUGAAAUCAGCCGAAUUGAAUGGAAAUGGAAAGAAUGCCGUAGAUGUUUGAUAGAAUAGUAGUUUUUACCAGUUUGAACUGAACAAAGCUCUUCAUAUAAUAUUAUUCAGCUCGGAAUUAUUUAACCUAAUAUGAUUUUAACACUUCAUUUACGAAAUGUUUUUUUCGGAGUAUAAGGCAAUUUAUUGAUUUCCUUUGAAGUAGGUUAUAAAGUUUCCGUAAGCUUAAUAUAAUAUGAAGACUUUUUUUAGACCUGUUGUUAAAUUAACAACGUAUAAUUAAGUAUUGCUUACUUGGUAAGCGUAAUAUUGUAAAUAAUUGUGCAAAGUAAGGGUUAUUAUUAUGUAACUACCACACGUUGCUUGAAAAUGUUAGUUAUUGUUAGCAUUUUAUAAUGUAUAAACAGUAACGCUUGUAAAUAGUUUAUCAAAGUUAAAGUUAUUCUUCAAAUAGUGUACAUUGAUCAUAAUUUUCGCAAUAGUUUACGUUGAAGAGCUAACUACUAUAUAUUUACUGUUAGUAUCAAUUUAAUUUACUUUUAAUUAAUUUACUUUUAAUCGUACAAUUUAAUUUACCAAAAAUUUACUUUGCCACUCCCCUAUAAAAAUCUCUAUUUCUCUUUCUUUAGUUCAAUUUUUUUUAAAUAUUUAUCGUGUCAGCAAAAUGUAAGAAAAAGCAGGUAACUCCACCUUGUGUAGAAAGGGGUAAAAAAUAAAUUUAGAGUUUUCCUCCUGUUUCGUCUUGUUUCUUCAAAUACUGGAUAAUCAAUUUAUCAACAAGCCUGAAAAAAAAUUGAAAUUUUUUUACACUGUUGACUUUGAGUGUAGUAGUGUUGAUGUAGUAGUAGUUGAGUGUAGUAGUUGAAUUUAGAUGUAGGUCUUGGUUUUUUCCGAAAUUUCAAGUUGUAAGCGUUCCUGCUUCAAAAAAUCAGUUUAUCCCAUGUUAUUUAAAGGGAAAGUAGAGCGUAGAGGGGAAAUUUCUGUAUAAAUUUCAGGAGCUCAAAAUUUGGAGGGCUAAACAGUAUCCAUAAACAUAUUUCAAUAACUGUUCCCUUAAUUGAGUUAAUUUCUUUAAUUGAGCGUUAGCCUUGACUUUUUUCGAACUUUAAGUUGCAGAUUUUCUUGCAUAAAAAAAGGUUUUUCUUACGUUAAUCAAUAGUAGUUGAUCAGUAAAGUAGAGCGUUAUAUGGAAAUCUCAGUAUAAUAAUAAUCAAUAGCUCAAAGUUGGAAAGCAAAACAGUAUCCGAAUGGUUAUUACUCUUUACAGUUUUUAGUAUCAAGAUGAAUAACAUAAUAUUGUAGAGAGUUUAAUAGAGCACGAAAAAAAAUGCUCAGGAGAAGAUUAUUCUCUUAAUAGAAAUGCAAAGAGCAAUAAGGGAAAAAUUAGACGGUAUUUUUCAAUUCAACACCGACAAAUAUUUAUGUAAAAUAGUUCUGUAUGAAAAAACAAACUUCCAUAAGCAUGUUACCUGAUUAAAUAAACUUAAAGAAGCUUAUCAGAAAGUCGAAGAAAAUAAUGACGCCAGCAAGAUGUAGGAAAGAUUUACAUACUUGGUGCUUGGUGAGAUGUUUAAUUUGGGUUUUAGAAUGCACCUGAGAAAACAGGGACGAGAAAAAAUCGGUAUAAGUAAAAAUCUGAAUUAAAAUCACUUUUUUCACGUAAUUUAAAAGAGAAAUUGCUGUGGAGGAAGUUAUUUUUAAAGAUUUUAAUUUUCUCAUUUAAAUGAAACAAACUAAUAAAAAUUCAAAAUAAAAUUAGAAAAAAAGAAAAGAAAAACCUUAAGAGGAAAUUGUUUUACCGAAACUAAUAACUUGAAAUAAAGUUAGUAAUCUGAAAUAAAAUAUAAUACUGACAAUAACUGAUUACAAUUUGUAAUAAUAAUAAUAAUAAUGCAUUGUUUACAUGUGAGUUUGUUAUCAUUAAUCGAAUUUGAAAUAUUUGAUUUUGUAUGUCAUUUCAAUAAAUCAAGAAUGUUUGUUUAUAGCUAAUCUACUGUAUAUAUUUUGUCACAAAUGUAUUUUUUUUGUAAAUAAAUUAUUACGUUUCUUUGCUUCUCA